AAACCGAAAAUAAAUAAAAGAAGCCGACGAUGCCUCGGUGUAAUUUCAUCGAAGCUUAGCAAAAUUUCUUUCAAUUCCUUGGCCUCUAUUCUUGUUUGCUGUUCAACGGAAUGAUGGAUCCUGAGUUGUUAAGGAUCGUUCAGGAACAGAUGAGUCGUAUCUCACCCGCUGAGUUAUCCAGGAUCCAACAACAGAUGAUGUCUAAUCCUGACUUGAUGAGAAUGGCCUCAGAAAGCAUGAAGAACAUGAGGCCAGAAGACUUGAGACAAGCUGCAGAACAGUUAAAGCACACUCGGCCUGAGGAUAUGGCGGAGAUUGGUGAGAAAAUGGCCAAUGCAUCGCCUGAAGAGAUAGCCGCAUUGCGAGCACGGGCUGAUGCUCAGAUCAGUUAUGAAUUAAGUGCAGCUGAGAUGUUGAAGAAUCAAGGGAAUGAGUUUCAUAAGCAAGGGAAGUUCAAUAACGCCUCUGAGAAAUAUUUGCUUGCAAAGAAAAACCUGAAAGGAAUUCCAUCUGCAAAAGGAAAAACACUUUUGCUGGCAUGCUCACUUAAUCUCAUGUCAUGUUAUUUGAAAACAAGGCAAUAUGACGAGUGCGUAAAAGAAGGUUCUGAGGUUUUGUCUUAUGAUGCAAAGAACGUUAAAGCUCUUUACCGAAGAGGUCAAGCUUAUAAAGAACUAGGUCAAUUUGAUGAUGCUGUCUCGGACUUGAGAAAUGCACAUGAAGUUUCACCUGAUGAUGAAACAAUCGCAGAUGUCUUGAGAGAUGCUGAGGAAAGAUUGGCUAGAGAAGGCAGUCAUCAAGCACCCCGGGGAGUGGUAAUUGAAGAAAUAACUGAAGAAACUGUAAGCACCUCUCCUGCUACUCUUCAAAGUUCAUCUACUGAACAUUCAUCGAAACAGCCACGAGAAAGUACUGGAAUCGCUAAGAGUGAGAAUGAGAAAAAAGUUGCGGACUUGAGAACCAAUUCUGAGUGUUUACAGGCUUUAAAGGAGGAUCCAGAGGCACUCAGGUCAUUUCAGAAUUUCAUUUCAAGGGCCAAUCCCGACACUCUUGCUGCAAUGAGUGGCGGUCAAGUUGGAGAGGUGUCACCCGACAUGUUUAAAACUGCAUCAAAUAUGAUCAGCAAGAUGUCACCUGAAGAGCUACAAAAAAUGGUUCAAUUAGCUUCUUCAUUUCCUGGGGAAAACCCAUAUACAGGUGGAUUUGGAACUGGACCUGUUCCUCCGAAUGUGACUCCUGACAUGCUUAAAACCGCAACUGAUACGAUGACCAAGAUGCCAACAGAAGAGCUCCAAAAAAUGUUUGAAAUAGCAGCUUCUAUUAAAGGAAAAGAUUCUAUCCCAGCAUCAACAACUGUAAACAGUAGCAGGCUCGAUUCAGAUGCUGAGGUAACAUAUCCCACAUCUCAAACAUCAUCCAUCACCAGUGAAAAUGUUGGUUUAGGUGAAACUGCCUCUUCUAGUUCUAGUCGUUUCCCAAAUUCAAUGAAUGCUCAGUCAAGCUUUCCACCAACAUCAACUGCUGAUCUACAAGAACAGAUGAGAAAUCAAAUGAAAGAUCCAGCCAUGCGGCAGGUGUUUGCAUCAAUGAUGAAAAACAUGAGUCCGGAAACGAUGGCAAACAUGAGCGAGCAAUUUGGAAUGAAGCUUUCUCGGGAAGAUGCUGCAAAAGCUCAACAAGCUAUGUCAUCCUUAUCACCUGAUGACUUGGAUAGAAUGAUGCGUUGGGUUGAUAGGAUCCAAAGAGGAGCCGAAGGUGCGAAGAAAGCAAAGAACUGGUUGCUCGGGAAACCCGGUAUGAUCCUCGCAAUAUGCAUGCUCAUCUUAGCAGUGAUUCUUCAUAGGUUGGGCUUCAUUGGUAGCUAGGAAGAAAAAAUGGAACCAAUCUCCAUUUUUUUAUUCUUAACAAACACCCUGGGAAAUUCUACCUCUAAUCAAAGUUUGUGUUGGAAACUAGGCAUGUUUCUUGGGUUACAAGUAAGACUUGACAAUUCUCGUAUCGUCUCGUGUUUACGGUUCUUUCUCUCGUAUCGAAAAAUUAUGUUUAAAGAUUUAUAUAUAUUUAUAUAAAUUUUGACACAUUAUUAUAUAGACUUCAACUUGUUUCCGUGUA